AUGAGGGAGAGAGAGGAGCUGAGGAGAGCCAUAGAGCAGAGUGACCGGCUCCUGUCCAGGGUCCGGGAGCUGGAGGAGCAGAACUCUGAGCUCCACCAGGAGAAGGAUGAGGUGUCCUCUAAGUACCGAGCUCGCUGCCGCUCCGUGUCUGAUGAGUCUGAGGAGGUCGGUGGGAACCAGGCAGAUUUUGGACAAGAACCAGAACCUGAACCUGAACCUGAAGACCUGGACUGGGACAGCUAUAGCACCACACUGGAGGACAGAUUAGCAGCUGAGCAGGAGAGCGCCCAGGCGUCCGAACAGCGCUGCGUCCAGCUGGAGAAGGUCCGGCGCGAGUUGGAGCGGCAGCUGUCGGGUCUGUCGGACCGUCUGGAGGAGGAGGAGGCGUGCUCGGCCCAGCUGGUCCUGCACAGGGACAGUCUGGAGGCCGAGUGCAGCAGCCUCAGGCGAGACCUGGAUGAACUGGAGGGCGCCCUGACCGCGGCUGAGCAGGAGAAACGGUCGUCAGACAGUGAGGUGAGGCAACUGUCGGAGCAGCUGCUUCAGAAAGACGAGGCGGUGCAGAAGCUGCAGAAGGAGAAGGAACAUCUGGUGGAGCUGAGCCAGCAGGCCAUCGAGGACCUGCAGAGCGAGGAGGAGAAGGUGAACCUCCUGACCAAGGAGAAAACCAAGCUACAGAUGCAGGCUGAGGAUUUGGAGUACCAGCUGGAGCGCCUUCAGCGCGGCGAGCUGGAGAAGAGCAGGAGGAGGCUGGAGAGUGACAGCAGAUCUACUCAGGAGAGUCUGGGGGAGAUGGAGAAGAUGAGGAGUGGUCUGGAAGACCUCCUCAAAAGGAAGGAUCUGGAGAUCAGCAGCACCAGCUCCAAGCUAGAAGCAGAGGAGGCUCUCAACACUGGACUGCAGAGGAAGAGCAAGGAGCAACAGGCUCGCAUCGAGGAGCUGGAGGAGGAGCUGGAGGCAGAGCGGGCCAUGAGAGCCAAGGUGGAGAAGCAGAGAGCGGAUCUGACCAGAGAGCUGGACGAUCUCACCGACCGCCUGGAGGAAGCAGGAGGAGUCACCGCCUCACAGAUGGAGGUGAACAAGAAGCGAGAGGCCGAGCUGCAGCGUCUGAGGAGGGACCUGGAGGAGUCCACGGUCCAGUCCGACGCCCUGGCCGCGUCUCUGAGGAAGCGGCACAACGACGCCACGGCGGAGCUGAGCGAGCAGUGCGAGGCUCUGCAGCGGGCCAGAGCCAAGCUGGAGAAGGAGAAGCAGAACCUGAGGAUGGAGGUGGACGAGCUGGCGGCGUCGCUGGACAGUCUGCAGAAAGUGAAGAUGUCCUCAGACGGUCAGAUGAAGAAGCUGGAGGAGCAGCUGUCGGAGGCCAACAGGAGAGGAGACGACCUGCAGAGGACGCUCACUGACCUCAGCCUGGCCAAGAACAGACUCACAGCUGAUAACGCAGACGUGAGUCGACAGAUGGAGGAGGCGGAGACCAGAGCCAGUCAGCUGACGCGCUCCAAAACUCUGCUCCAAACCCAACUGGAGGAUCUGAAGAAGCAGCUGGACGAGGAGGUCAAGUGUAAACAGGCGGUCAGCAGCAGCCUGGGCUCAGUGCGGCAGGAGUGCGAGGUUCUGAAGGAGCAGCUUGAGGAGGAGCAGGAGAGCAAGCAGGAGCUGCAGCGCCUCGUCUCCAAGCUCAACAGCGAGGUGACGCACUGGAAGACCAAACACGAGUCUGACGGCAUCCAGCACGCCGACGAGCUGGAGGAAACCAAGAAGAAGCUGGCGACCAGGCUGCAGGAGGCCGAGGAGGCGGUGGAGGCCACCCAGGCCAAAUGUUCCUCACUAGAGAAAACCAAACAGAGGCUGCAGGGGGAGGUGGAGGAGCUGUGCAUGGACCUGGAGAAGGCCAGCGGCUGCGGUCAGGCUCUGGAUAAGAAGCAGCGGAUCCUGGAGAAGCAGCUCGGAGACUGGAAGCAGAAGUGUGAGGAGCUGGUGGCCGAGGUGGAGGGCUGCCAGAAGGAGAGCAGGCAACACGCCAGCGAGCUCUUCAAACUCAAGACGGCACACGAGGAGUCUCUGGAGCAGCUGGAGGCUCUGCGCAGGGAGAACAAGGCUUACCAGGAGGAAGUAGCCGACCUCACAGAUCAGCUGUCAGACGGAGGGAAGAGCGUCCACGAGCUUCAGAAGGCGAAGAAGAAGAUUGAGAUGGAGAAGGAGGAGCUGCAGGCGUCACUGGAGGAAUCUGAGGCGGCUCUGGAGGUGGAGGAGACCAAGGUGCUGAGGCUGCAGCUGGAGUUGUCUCAGGCUAAAGGAGACGUGGAGCGACGGCUGCAGGAGAAGGAGGAGGAGACUGAAGCUGCGAGGAAAAGCCACCAGAGGGCGUUGGAGUCCCUGCAGGCCAGUCUGGACGUGGAGGUGAAAGGCAGAGCGGAGGGACUGAAGCUGAAGAAGAAGCUGGAGGCCGACAUCAACGAGCUGGAGCUGCAGGUGGAUCUGCUCACCAAGAGCAACGCCGAGCUCGGCAAGAGCGGCAAGAAGAUGCAGCAGCAGAUCAAGGAGCUGCAGGCUCAGCUGGAGGAGGAGGUGCGGAGCCAUGAGGAGUGCAGGGAGGAGCAGGCGGCCGUGGAGCGACGCUGCGGCCUGUUGGUCAGCGAGGGGGAGGAGACUCGUGCGGCCCUGGAGAGCACGGAGAGGGUCCGCAAGACCCUGGAGGCGGAGCUGCAGGACGCCAACGAGAAAUACGGCGACCUCAACAACCAGUUCCAGUCGGCUCUGAGCGGGAGGAGGAAGCUGGAGGUGGAUCUCCAGACUCUGCAGCAGGAGCACGAGGAGCUGCAGGGAGAGCUGAGAGGAUUCACAGACAAGGCCAAGAAGGCCAGCUGUGAGUUGGCCCGAGUGGGGGAGGAGCUGCGUCUGGAGCAGGAGCACACGCUGCACCUGGAGAGGGUGAAGAAAGGUCUGGAGGCUCAGAUCAAGGACAUGAGCGGGAGGCUGGACGAGGCCGAGCAGAUGGCUCUGAAGGGAGGGAAGAAGAUCAUCCAGAAGCUGGAGGGAAAGGUGAAGGAGCUGGAGCUGGAGCUGGACUCGGAGCAGAAGCGUCACGCUGAGACGGUGAAGACUCUGAGGAAGAACGAGCGUCGGCUGAAGGAGCUGCUGUUCCAGUCGGAGGAGGACCAGAAGAACCAGCAGAGGAUGCAGGAGCUGGUGGAGAGGCUGCAGAACAAGAUGAGGGCCUACAAGAGACAAGUGGAGGAGGCCGAGGAACAAGCCAACAUGAACCUGGCCAAGUACAGGAAGACGGUCCAUGAGCUGGAUGAUGCAGAGGAGCGGGCGGACAUCGCUGAGUCAGCGCUCACCAAGAUCAGGACCAAGAACAGAGGCAGCUUCGGCAAAGGAUACUCCUCUGGUUACAGCACGCCGUACCCGGGCCUGGUCCGGUCACCCAGCUCCGCGGGCUCAGAGGGCAGAGGAGAGAAGAUCCUCAACGACGACAACGAGUCGGUCAGCUCGCUCAUCCCGGCCUAUCUCAACUCGCUGAAGAAGCUGAUGAUCGAUUAGACGAUUAGAGAUGUGACGUCACCGCGGUCGAGUCUGACUGUUUCUAGUUUCUACGUCAUCCUGCGCCUGAAGAGUUGAAACAGGCUGAAACAUCAGGGAGGAUGAAACGACAGUUUCACAACAAUUUCAGGUCGUAAAGCAACAAAAACUCCUUCCUCUGUGUCUGUAACAUCACAGCUUUAAUAACACGUCUAUAUCCACUUUGUCAUAUUUGUAUCUCAAAACAGAUUGAACAUGGAAAACUGCUUCACUCUACACGUCACCACAGAGUUAGAAGUCAUGUAUAAUCCAUCAUGUGAAUCACGAACAUCAUCAACAAAUCCUUCAUUUACAUUUGAAAAUGACACAAAAUAAUAAUAAUAGUAACUAUUGUCGGCCAUGACAGAUUCCUGAAGCUUUUAAUCUAAAGUGUAAAAUAUUUUCCACUUAUAAAUAUGUUUUUGAAAUAAUAAAGCCAGACAACAAUUCAGUUAGAGUUUAUUUAGAAUAGAUUAACAAUGUAGAGAAGCUAAAACUGCAGUUAGCUAGCUAAUAGAUAAGGCCCUCAGCUGUCCACUAGCUAGGAAGCUAACAGUUUUUAGUAACUACUAUGGGAGAGUUAAUGCUCAGUGUUUUCUGUAAUUUUAAUAACAUUUUCUAAAUGCUGGUUCAAUGAACAAUGAGGUCAGUAAACAUGUAGCAUUGAACUAGAAAAGGUGGAAAUGAGCUCAGUUACAGUAAAUAUGGACAGGACAUUAUGAUGUCACAGUGAAGUUGACCUUUGACCUUUUGGAUAUAAAAGGUUGUCACUUCAUAAUUUUAUCCUAUUAGACAUUUCUGUUAAAUUAAGUCAUAAAUAGUGUAUGAAUUCAGGAGUUAUGGCCAAAAACAUGUUUUGUGAGGUCAUGGUCACGGUGACCUUUGACCUCUAAAUUCUGAUCAUUUCAUUCUUCAGUCCAAGUGUCCAACCUGUGUCACCAGAGAGGACGUCUGAGGGUUAAACAUCUGACAGCACCCUCAGGUUCUGUAGUGACAGAAAGCAACAAGGCUAGGCUAACAGGUUAGCACUUUAGCUUUGGCUGAUUCUUAACAGUGACAUUGUGAAGAACAUUAAAAGCUAUAAUCUACAUUUCUACAUGUUAAAUACUUUAUAUUAUACUUGUUUAAAGUCAAACUGGUGACCUUUGUAAUGUUUGAUCACAUUUGCGAGAGGCAGCUGUGCAGUGUGUAAUGUGGUGCGUCUAUAGGUUACAUAAAAUAAGUAAUAUACAGAAGAUUUGUAGAUGAGUUCAUCAUUAACUAAUGGUUUAUACACGACUUACAACCAGUCAUUAUUAUAAAGUGUAGCCAUGUAAUAUAUUCAACAAGGUGCCAUCAUCACGUGGGUUACUUUAGGUCAAUAAUAAGAAUCUCAGUGUAUUUUAACUCUCUGAUAAAGUGUAUCUCUGAACCUUUAACCACAUCGAUA